UGGUUUGGUUUGGUUUGGUUUUUUUAAUUGUUGUUUUUGAGACCAGGUAUACUUACGUAGCCCUGGUUGGCUAGAAACUCAGCUUUACAGACCAGGCUGACCUCAAAUUUGGCAACAGUACUCCUGCAUCUGGCUCCUGAAUGCUGGGAUUUACAGCGUGCAUCAAGUAAAUGGAAGCACUCAGAAAAUAAAAACCACACCCAUAUCAAAGAUUCAACAUGGCUGAUGGACUAAUUAGAAAUUUCCUGAUUGUGGAGAACCACAGUGUUGCAGGUCCUGGGCCAGGUGGGCUUAGGCAGCUCUUAUUCCUCUUUAUAGCCAUUCAUCGCCAAUCCCUGUGUUUGAGCUAAUGUCCAAUCUUUUGACUAUUAGGUCAGUCCUUUUAGAAUGCACAGCUUCUGCCCACCCAAAGGCUAAGCGUGUCAUAAGACAGCAUCUGAGACUUACAGCAAAGGUUCCCUGGUCUGCUGUACCCAACCAACCUGAUGUUUCUACCGAGAACAAAAACUGGGCUUCCUUGGGCUUUGUCGACGUGGUGAUUCCGUAAUGACAUCCAGAUUUCCCUCGACAGCUGGGCUUCCCGGAACCCUCCCUUCCAGUCCUGAGGGAAUCAGGGACGGACCAAGUGUCGAAGCCCCAGAGGACCCGCCUGCUGCCAUGAAUUCCUGCCGGAAGGCCCAGAGACCGGGAGCUGCAGAGCGACACGGGUCCUGUGAGAGAUGGGUGUCCUUUGACGACGUGACUGUGGACUUCACCCAGGACGAGUGGCAGGAACUGGACCCUGCCCAGAGAUGCCUGUACCAGGAUGUGAUGCUGGAGAUCUACAGCCACCUCUUGUCAGUGGGGUGUCCCAGGCCACAGAUCAUCUUCAAUAUGGCGAAAGUAAAGGAGACACCCGUGGCAGAGGCCACAGUCCCACAUCAGAGGUGUCAGUGUGAAGCAGGGGACCGGGAGAUUGACACACCUCAGCAAAUGGCUGUGAACACUUCAUUUCCAAACGAUUUAUCAGGAGAAAUGACACAACGAGAGUCAUGUUCCAUACCAGAACUGCAGACUGCUGACCCCACGAAGAAAGACCAGCAAAGCCAGAUCCCACCCUUGAGUCCUGGUGUUUUCCUUAACCAGAAAACACAGAGCACAGACAGUGAAGAGACUGGGGAGUCCAUUCCGUUGGGACCUCUGGUUUCCACACAAGAGGGACCUCAAAGAUGUUGCUCAGCAAAUAGUGAGAAGCCUAACCUUGAAACAAAUGGUGAUGAUCAAAGGGGUGCCACCCGGCAGGGUGACGGCAUUGUGGGGUUCCAGCAGCUCUUCCCACAAGGCUCCUCGAAUACUGCACAUACAGUUCCUCAUCAAGGAGAGGAAUCGUACAGUGAUGCUCAGUUUGGAAAAGUUCUCUGUCCUAAGCCACCACUCACAGAGCAUGAAAUUAAUUGUCUGGACAAUCCAGUUGAAUAUACCGGAUACAGAAAGGUCGUCACCGGUAGUUCCGCUUUCUCUCAACAGCAGAUGACUAGCACUACAGAGAUACCUUUUAUCUGUCACACAUGUGGGAAGACCUUCCUCCACAGUUCUGAGUCAACGUCCCCUCCAGGAAUUCCUACAGGAGACACGCCUUAUGAAUGUCCUGACUGUAGGAAAUCACAUGGGAGUACAUCCAACCUGCGGGUGCACCGUGAAAUCCACACCAGCGAGAAGCCUUACGAGUGCCACAUCUGUGGGAAAUCAUUCAGCUAUACAUCCCACCUAAAGGUGCACAUUCGAACACACACAGGUGAGAAACCUUAUGUGUGUUCUGACUGUGGGAAGGCCUUCAGCCAAAAGUCAGUCCUCACCACGCAUCAGAGAAUUCACACUGGGGAGAAACCGUACACAUGUAGUUACUGUGGGAAAAUGUUUGUUUAUGCAUCGGAUCUGAAGAAGCAUCGUCGAUUUCACACAGGGGAGAAGCCUUACGAAUGCCCUGACUGUGGGAAACUGUUCAGUAACAAAUCCCACCUGCCCGUGCAUCAUCGAAUCCACACCAAUGAGAGACCUUACAAGUGCUGUGACUGUGGGAAAUCAUUCAGAAGAAAAUCUCACCUUAAGGUGCAUCUUCGAAUUCACACAGGUGAGAGACCUUAUGUGUGUUCGGAAUGUGGGAAGGCCUUCAGCCACAAUUCAGUCCUCAGCACUCACCAGAGAAUUCACACAGGGGAGAAGCCUUACACGUGCAGUGACUGUGGGAAAGCCAUGUCUUCUAAAGCCCAACUGAUAGAGCAUCAGAGAGUUCACACCGGUGAGAAACCAUAUGUGUGCACGGCCUGUGGGAAGGCCUUCAGUGGCAGGUCUUCUUUACAUACACACCGCAGAACUCACAGUAGUCAGAGACCUUUCGUCUGUCUCAAAUGUGGGAAAGGCUUCUUGCGCAAGUCACGAUUGUUAUCCCAUCAGCAAAUUCACAGUGCUGAGGAGCCUGUGGUAAGUUGUUCCAUCACACACGCCACCUGAAGGUGCAUCAUCAAGUUGCAGCGGAGAGUUAGUUACCAGUAUGUGGCUGUGGGAGAAUUUUCAGCAGCCUAAGGUUCAUCAUCUAGUUCAUACUAGCCAGAGACCUUACAUGUAUUCUGAGUGCAAGAAGUCCUUCAAAAACAAAUCAGAGUCAGAGUUCAAUAGAGCGGGCACUUGUACCAGACUCUGCACUUGCAGAUACUGUGAUUGUAUAAAAGACUUUCCCAUAAAGUCAGUCCCUCAUCCAUAUUCCUAACUGGAAUAUUCUUGAGUUAUUGUUGAAAGGAUAUUUUAUAAGAGACCUGAUUAUAGCUUAUUCAUAGCUCUGAAUAAUAUAGCUAUGCAUUACCAUUUAAAAAUAGAAAUUGUUAUACCUGAGGGAAAUCAGUGAAACCGGUGAAAAGGACAAGGACCCUGCUCACUCUCGCUCUCGCUCUCUCUCCCUCCCUCCCUCUGUCUCCCCCUCGCCCUCCUUCCCUCCCUCCCUCCCUCCCCUCUCUAUGCACAUGCUCACCUAUGGAUGCACAUGUAUGUGCAUGUGCACACGUAUUAUAGGAACUCUUCCCCUGAGGAGACAGAUAUUUACCCCUCCCAAGUAGUAUUCCACCAGAGUCCACCUUGGGAAUCAGUGAGCUUAGAGCAUGAGUGAGGGGUCAGUUGGGGAGCAUGGCUGACCCCAAAGUAGCCAUGCCACCGAAGAGUCUCAUCCCAGCUUGGAUUACCCCUUCAGUUAAUCUCUCAUAGUCCAUACACUUUAGCACCUCCCAAGAUCAUGAGUCUAUGUGUAGUUGAGACAGGAUCACAUUCCUUUGACAGGGAAUGGUUAGGAUAACAGAUGAGGGGCUGGAGAGAUGCUCAGCAGUUAGAGCACUGGCUGCUCUUGCAGAGGACCCGGGUUCUGUUCCCAGCAACCACAUGGCAGCUAACAACUGUCCAAAACUCCAGUGCCAGGGAA